AGUGUUGCCGCUGGCCACACUGCCUCUCGAUUUGUCAAAAGAGACAAUGCUGAGUAAUCAUAGAAGCUCAAACAGAAAAUGUACUGAGUCAAGAAGAGAAAGAAAAAUCUGCUAAAAUCGUCCAAGCAGACGCAAUUUGUUAUAACACAUUGUUUAUUUAAUUGUUUAUUCUACAAUUUGUUCAUAAAUGAAAUUUAUUAUUGUAGCUCGUGCACACGUAAGUGAUAACAUGCUAAGUCUAAUUUAUUGUAAAUAUUUAACGACUAAAAUGAACUGUUUAUAGCUAGUGAAGAUGCGUCAGAUUUCACCACAAUCAAUUUGUGGUAGCAAGACUCUGUUGCGCAGGGAAUAAUGUAUCAAGGGAAACACCGAAAGUGUAAGUUGUAGUUUGAACUAUAAUUGUAUAUCCUAAUGAAUUAAUAAAACCCCUAUUUGCAGUUUAAAGCUGCACAAACGCAUGAUUCGCGUUGCUGCUAAGAACCGGGUGAGAAUUCCCCUCCAGCCCCCGCAACAUUCUUUAAAACUUUCGUGAGCACUGCGAGACGUGCGAUGUGAGAUGUGAGGUGUGUUCACCAUGUGCUAGUCGAACGGGAGACUGCGAAGAUUUCUCGCGCCCCGUUUCAUAGGUUUACACACGAGAUAUACGAGAAUCAGUUAAACUUCAGAGCGGCACAUUUGGCAACUGUAUGACGAUGAGUCCGGUUUCAGCCACUGGCGGUAAGCCCGCUCGAAUUUUACUACGGCUGCAGCAGCUACAAGAGAAAGAGCGCGCGAUACAGCAGCGCGAGAUAGACUUGGAGAGGCGAAUGCUUGCCUUAGAACAGAAGGCACUCCAAGAGAAGUACCGAUUGCUGGAACAGCAAUUGGUAAAACGAAAAUACAAGGACCGUCCCAAAGUGAGUCUAUGCACAACGACGACGAGUACCCCGGCUGAUGACUUUGCACCGGAGAUCACUGGCAGCAGAGCCGGGAACAUUCCUUCAACAGCAGAGAGGUGCACUGAUCAAAUCGGGAUAAGCGGCGGAGAGUUGAACACUCAUUCAACGAACCAGGCCUCCGAAAAACAAUCGACGGUUAGCGAGCCUGCCGAGCAGCUCGAAAUGAUGGACUAUUCGACCACAGCUAAUCGUGGGACUCAGCAGCGAAACACUCGCGCGAGUUCCGAAACAGCUCUAAGUGGUCAUCUCGCUCCGAUAUGUGAGAGCAGAAUACCGAAUGAUGGAAAGAAUACAGUAGCCUAUAGUGAUGGGAUGCAGCAGAAUACGUUUGCUGCUUUAAUAACACCAACGGUGAUGGAACAUACCACUUCGCUGGUGAUCAACCAACCGGUUGAACACGAUGAUCUCUUCUACGGCGCAAACACCUGGACCGGUAACCAUGCAGAAUGGGGCACAUUUGUAGAUGUGUUUGCGCCAGUAGCUGCCGAGAAGGGGUACUCAAACUGCGUAAACUUUGCGAAACUGCAACAAUAUUUGUCUGGUCAGUGGAAUCAGGAGGCCGACGGGUCAUCAAAACUCUGGAACUCCCUCGAGCAUCGGAUAUCAACAGCUUGGAUCUCAGGAUGUGAUUUUUUGGACGUUAUUUGUCAUGACCCAUGGAAGUUUGUGGCUGUGGUUAUGUACCCAAACGAACAUUCUCGUCUCAUACAGAUGAGAGUAAAACCCCAACCAGAUUCAACGAAAUCACUGCUAGCGACAACGACACGGCAGAAAUCAGCCUUUGUCUAUCUUGUUUUUCGAAUAUACCGAUGGAUUUUGGAGUCCCAUACCGUGACUCUAACGGACAUGCACCUUUGUUUCGAUUUGAUUACCAUUCAGGCAAUGCUGAAAUGGGCUUCAUCAAAGCAACAUUCAGUUCGCAAAAAAAGUAGCUGUUCGAUGGAGAUUCAAGUAACGAAAAUCGUCUACAACAUCAAGCGCCUAAGCGACUACGAGUGUACCCGAGCAGGAAUGAAUAACUGCCACAUAACUGGAGCAUACCAAAAUCAGGUAUCAUACCAAGACAAGGUAUUGGUCGGUUGUCCAGGUAUUGAAAAUAACUUAUUUUGGUAUUUUUUAGGUAUUGAUACAAUACCUCAACAAGUUAUUGAUUUGGUGUUGAGGACUGCUUGAGGUAUUAUUCGAUUAUGGAAAAAUUGCCAUUUAUAAGAAAAAAUCGACGAUUAUUAUUUAGGUAUUGUCAUACCUGAUGCCAUUAUUCACGCGUUAUGCACAGAAUACACACCAGUUAUUAUUUUAAGUAUUUUACCUCUUAUGCAGGGCUACUUAAUACCUCAUUCAGGUUGUAGGUAUUCGGUUUUCCAUACCUGAGUUAGUUAUUCUUCAGCUAUUUUCUCCUGCUCGGGUAGUGACUGCACUGUCCUGUGUAAUGCUAAAUUGCUACAAUUUAUGUGGGUAGAAGGGGAUUGUGUGUUGCAUAUUGAAGUUUUGAACAGUCAGGACGAUAAAGCGCUCGAAUUGCUCUUCGUAGUGACAUUGAGAAACAUAAACAAAACUGUGGAUUCUCAUCUGUACAUGAAGGCAAAUCAUACUGUCGACAUCGUUCUAAUUUACGGUUCCCGUCACCAGCCAACCAAGGAUUUCGAAGUAAUUACCACUCGUAAUGGGAAGAGUAUUUUCAACGAUCCGACUGCCGGCACUGAUAUCUACGCCUUGGAUAAGAAGGACGAAAGGAAGAUCGUUCUAGUGUCCGAGUUGGAAAUCAGUGUCUUCGGUAAAUCUCAGUUUACAAUUGGUAACAGUGUGUACGGAAGCAAGAGCACACACGUUGGUGAAUCUAACACGAAUAUGUUCCACUCGACCACGGAACCGGUCUCGAAGGACUUGGAUGAUAUUAACGUAUAUAAAAAGGAUCCUGGUGCAACUGUUUUAAGCCAAGGACCUGCGCGAUUUCCAAAAUUACAACAAAUGGUGAAAAAAUAUUUCAACGAUAAGACACCAUCCCGUGAAAUCAGCCAGAUGAAACCGUUGAUCGGCUCAACGCCGGUAUCCUGACCGCAGAUUUGGGAACCGAUAGAUGUGUAAUGACCAAACUUAUCCUACGUAACAUCGUCGUCUCGUUCAAGAAGUCCCGGGGUAUUCUUGGUUUCUACUGUAAAUCAGCACGUAGUCAUCAUCGAGGAAGGCAACUAGGGCUACAAGGCAUCCCGAACGCAUCGUCAGGUCCUAGCCGAGGACACGGGACUUAGAAAUCAAGAUUGUUGUCAGUCAGGGUGUAAAGUAGGGUUAUGUUUAAUUAAUUAAGCUGUGUGAGCAGCAAACAAGGUUGGACGAGAGGUUUUGGACAGUUCAAUUAGGUAAAACUGGGACUAUUCAACCCAGUGUUACGGGGGGGAGAAUGUUGCCGCUGGCCACACUGCCUCUCGAUUUGUCAAAAGAGACAAUGCUGAGUAAUCAUAGAAGCUCAAACAGAAAAUGUACUGAGUCAAGAAGAGAAAGAAAAAUCUGCUAAAAUCGUCCAAGCAGACGCAAUUUGUUAUAACACAUUGUUUAUUUAAUUGUUUAUUCUACAAUUUGUUCAUAAAGGAAAUUUAUUAUUGUAGCUCGUGUACACGUAAGUGAUAACAUGCUAAGUCUAAUUUAUUGUAAAUAUUUAACGACUAAAAUGAACUGUUUAUAGCUAGUGAAGAUGCGUCAGAUUUCACCACAAUCAAUUUGUGGUAGCAAGACUCUGUUGCGCAGGGAAUAAUGUAUCAAGGGAAACACCGAAAGUGUAAGUUGUAGUUUGAACUAUAAUUGUAUAUCCUAAUGAAUUAAUAAAACCCCUAUUUGCAGUUUAAAGCUGCACAAACGCAUGAUUCGCGUUGCUGCUAAGAACCCGGUGAGAAUUCCCCUCCAGCCCCCGC